AUUGAAUUUUUAUCAUGCAUUCAUUGCGCCAAAAAAUUUAGAGUUUUACUACUUUCAGUUUCGUUUGAAAUUCCGUACAACAGAUUCAUCCACGAUGAAAUACAGCACUAGCAACACCAUUAUGAGUGGCUCUUCGCCGUCAGCUCCCUCGUCGUCCUCCAUGAACUGCUCCUUUCUGAGUAUUGGAAUGGACAAUUUCCUCGGCCAGGACGGCCAUUCGCUGGGACGCAAGGUGCUCGGCAAGCGGUUUCGGUUCGAGAAGGCGGGGAUCGGAAAUUUUCUCCAGUUUGCAAGGGAAAAGCGGGUGACAAAAAUCGAGGACUACUUGCGCAUAUCUAGGAAAGAACACCCAUCCCCAACAUCUUCCAUGUUUUGCAUGGCAAGCACUGCAACUUAUGCCUGUACUGCAUAUACAAAUUGCAAUACAUAGGAUGGAGAUGGGUGUUUGUUUUCCUGAAUAGCGCAGGAUGAACGACGACGAGCUGUACGUGUGCGACGCGCGGGACGACAAAACGCUUUUUCAGCACGGGAAGUGCGCCUACUUGGGCGAUGUGAACGAGAUUACGAAGCGUGCGUUUUUGCAUAUGAAAGCCUCAGAAUGGAAAUCCUCAAAGUGGAAAUAAUUUGCGAUGCAUGAAAUGCGACGCAAAAAACCCUGUAUUGCAGAGGACGCAAUGGAGGCCGACUAUAGUCCUGCUAGGGUUGAAGAAUUUGGGUGCUGCUUAGCACGAGAGAACGGCACCCCUUUGCCUUAACCUGCAUGACAGACAUGCUUUAAGUGCCCGGGAAAUUUGUCAUGCGCCGAAUACAAUGCCAUUCCGUAGUAGCACAGUGUGUUUAUGUCAUGCGCCGACUACAAAUGGCUGUUCAACUGGAGUCGUUUUUUUGCAUUACAAAUUAUUUUCACUUUGAGGAUUUCCAACCUGAGGCUUUCAUAUUGCAACAACCGUCGGCGGCGAAAUAUUCCUUCACGACCGCGGCGCAGCGGUGGGACGCGAGUCGCGACAUCUGGACGGCGAAAAACGCGCCCUACGUUGCGAUCCCCAGCAUCUCGGUGGACUCCAUCGACCUGGCGCGCAUACGCAAUGUGCCGACCAAGUUGAUGACCACCGAAUAUGGGCAAGCGGAGGGCUACUACCCUCUCGGAAUGCCGCCGGACCACGGGCACUUUGUGCCGCCGGUGGACUCAGCGAACGGGCUUGAAGACUUCGAAGCGGAAAGCGGGGACGCGCCGAUGGCUGCAACGACCGCGGCCGUUGGCGGGAUGCAGAAGUUUCUGUGAAACAAAUUGCCGGUCGUGGUGCAGCUGCACAAAGGCGAGCACAGACAAGAGACCACGAAAGAAGGAACGCUAAAGCGUUUAUGGCGGAAAAUGAAAUGCGAGUGCGCCGUGGUCGUCCUCGUGGUUGUUUCGAACGUCAUUCAGAAUCAGUAGAUCAGCACCAGCAACAAAGCUACUUAGCACGAGCUUAUAGCAAUGUUUACACGGCACGGGC